AUGCCUCCCGUAGCAGUCAGUGACUUUGAGCUCCCCGCCGAGCAAACCCAGCCCAAGCCCGAGGCAAAGGACCCUCUGGCCUCCUCCGUCCCGACACCCCAACUCUUCUCCCUCGCCAACAAGACCAUCCUCAUCACCGGCGGCGGCCGCGGUCUCGGCAUCACCUUCGCCCUCGCCGUCCUCGAAGCCGGCGGCCACGCCGCCUGCCUCGACAUCCUCCCGGAGCCCUCCGCCGUCGAAUGGGCCCACCUCACCAAGCUGGCCAAGGCCAACGGCCUGUCCGUCACCUACCACAAGUGCGACAUCACCGACGAGGCCGCCACGGAGAAGGUCUUCAACGAGAUCGCAGACGCCGCUGACGAGCGCGGAGCUCCCUUCUGGGGCGCCGUCGCCUGUGCCGGCAUCCAGCAGAAGAUUCCCGCCCUCGAGUACCCCGUCGCCGACUUUGAGCGGAUACAAAAGGUCAACGUCGUCGGCGUGUUCGUGACGGCCAAGCAGGCCGCGCGCGUGCUCGUCGGCCGCAAGAGCAAGGGUAGCAUCUUGCUCAUCUCGAGCAUGUCCGGAGAGAUUGCCAACCGAGGAUUGACCUGCAGCGCGUACAACACCAGCAAGGCCGCCGUUCAGCAGAUGUGCAGAUCUGUGGCUCAGGAGUGGGGCCAGUACGGCAUCCGCGUGAACACUCUGUCACCUGGUUACAUCCGCACUGCCAUGACCGACCAGCUUCUCCAAGCCGAACCCGACGUCGAGAAGACCUGGAUGAUGGGUGCUCUGCUCCAGCGCCUGGGAACCCCCGAAGACUUCAAGGCACCCGCCGUUUUCUUGUUGUCUGAGGGAAGCGGGUUCAUGACCGGAGCUGACCUCCGCGUCGACGGCGGUCACUGCGCCUCUGCAUAG